AUGAUGGAAACUGCCGUUUGCGUUGGAACGUUCACUGCUGUGAAGGCACUUUGGGAAGUGAGAAUAAGCAAGAUAAAUGAAGAAUUACAGAAAGAAAAGGAAUUCAGACAGAGGUCUGCAGGAAGGCUACUGCUUGUCUGGGAGGAGAGAGCUGCUUUAGCAAAGCUCAAAGAAAAAGUUAUUAAUGAAGAUGGAAGAGCAAUUUUAAGGAUAGAGGAAGAAGAAUGGAAGACACUACCUUCGUGCUUAUUGAAACUGGCCCAUCUCCAGGAAUGGCAGCUUCACAGAACUGGUUUGCAGAAAAUUCCUCAGUUCAUUGGAAGAUUUCAGAGUCUUGUUGUUCUGGAUCUAUCGCGGAACUCAAUUGAAAGUGUACCUAAAGAAAUUGGCCAGCUGACUAACCUCCAAGAGCUGCUUCUCAGUUACAACAGAAUAAAGUCUGUUCCUAAGGAAAUAAGUAACUGCGUCAGUCUGGAAAGAUUGGAACUGGCUGUCAACAGGAGUAUCUGUGAUCUUCCUCCUCAGCUCAGUGAUUUAAAGAAGCUUUCACACAUCGAUCUGUGCAUGAAUCAGUUUACUACCAUCCCUUCAGCUCUUCUCAACAUGCCAAAUCUAGAAUGGUUAGAUAUGGGGGGGAAUAAACUCCAGGAACUUCCUGAUGCAAUUGACAGAAUGGAAAAUCUCCACACUUUAUGGCUCCAAAGGAACGAGAUAAACUCUUUGCCAGAAACCAUUAGUAAUAUGAAAAAUCUUAGUACUCUUGUUCUUAGCAACAACAAACUGAAGGAUAUUCCAGCUUGUAUGAAGGACAUGACAAAUCUGAGAUUUGUCAACUUCAGAGAUAACCCACUGGAGUUAGAGGUAACGCUCCCUCCAUGUGAGGACACGGAAGAGGAGGAGCAACAGGAAAUGUUCGGCAUUGAAUUCAUGCACCUGUAUAUCCAGGAGUCACUCAAGAAAACAGGAAAUCUGGAAAGUUGUACUUCUGGUCCUUCUCCUAUCAUAAAUGCUAACGAAUAA